CGAAUCUCAUGGUUCACUCAAGAUUGAUCAUUUCUGAAAAGCAUUUUCCUGGAAUCGGUUGCUGUAUUAUGUAUUUGUAUUAUGAGAACAAGAUUUGAAGCCUACUGAUACACGUGGCUGUGCACACACAAGCCAUAAUGGCCAGAGGGCCAGGGGGUGACUGCCCUGCACAGCACCCCAAGACAAAGGACAAGAAGGCACGCAGAUGGAGGCUACUAAUCCUCAGCUUCCUCUGCUGUGCUGUGGCACCUCCCACGGAGGACAGUGUGGAGGUGGGUGAGGCCCGCCAGAAGACCCACACUGUUCUCAACACCCCCGACACUGACAACGGCCAGAACAUGCUGACUGCCCGAGAGAUUAACAGGAGGGUGAGGGAGGGGAAAGCCAGGAGGAAGCUGCAAGGCAAACGCAAAAGAUCCAAGACUGCCCCAUCCGCUGAUGCACACACCACUUCCGUUCCACACACCCAGCUGUUGAAGGAAACAACCCCUGCCAGCAAAACCAAAGACACAGAACAAGACCAAAAGAUCAUGGAUGCUGAGACACACACCAACCAGACUACUCUUCCGCAUACCCAGCUGUUGAUGGAAACGACAACAACUUCAAACAAAACCAAAGAGGCAGAGCAAGACCAAAAGAUCAUGGAUGCUGACACACACACCAACCAGACUACUCCUCUGUACACCCAGCUGUUGAAGGAAAUGACAACCCUUGCAAGCGAAUCCAAGAAGAUUGAACCACACCAAAAGAUUGUGGAUGCCAACAACCAUAAGAGAGUGGGGAGCUUCCCACACCCACCUCUGAGGAGCAAGGAGGAAGCAAAGCCCAGCAAGAAGGACAUGGAGACGCAUCGGAUUGUUGACGACGGCAGAAAAGAGCAAGAAGCAAAGACUACCAAGAAGCUCAAACAGCACCAGGCUGUGGACAAAUUCUCACACUUUGAGUUCAUGAAGGACCUCGCCAAGCUUCUCCUGUACACCCUCUUGGUGUUUGGCUUGGUCUUUGCCGCCCUCAGCUUGCUCUGCUGUGCUGUGGCACCUCCCACGGAGGACAGUGUGGAGGUGGGUGAGGCCUGCCAGAAGACCCACACUGUUAACAACACCCCCGGCACUGACAACGGCCAGAACAUGCUGACUGCCCGAGAGAUUAACACGAGGGUGAGGGAGGGGAAAGCCAGGAGGAAGCUGCAAGGCAAACGCUGGUACUACCGCCUUUUUAGAAGAUCCAAGGCUGUCCCAUCCGCUGACGCACACACCACUUCUGUUCCACACACCCAGCUGUUGAAGGAAACAAUCCCUGCAAGCAAAACCAAAGACACCAAACAAGACCAAAAGAUCAUGGAUGCUGAGACACACACCAACCAGACUACUCUUAUGCACACCCAGCUGUUGAUGGAAACGACAACAGCUGCAAACAAAACCAAAGAGACCGAGCAAGACCAAAAGAUCAUGGAUGCUGAAACACACACAAAUCAGACUACCAUUCCGCACAUCCAGCUGUUGAAGGAAAGAACAACCCCUGCCAGCAAAACCAAAGAGACCGAAAAAGACCAAAAGAUCAUGGAUGCUGACACACACACCAACCGGACUACUCCUCUGUACACCCAGCUGUUGAAGGAAAUGACAACGCUUGCUAGCAAAUCCAAGGAGACUGAACCACACCAAAAGAUCGUGGAUGCCAACAGCCAUAAGAGAGUGGGGAGCUACCCACACCCACCUCUGAGGAGCAACUUGGAGGAACCAAAGCCCAGCAAGAAGGACAUGGAGACGCAACGGAUUGUUGACGAGGGCAGAAAAGAGCAAGAACUAAAGACUACCAAGGAGCUCAAACAGCACCAGGCUGUGGACGAAUUCUCACACUUUGAGUUCAAGAGGGUGUCCAGGAGAAGGUUGGUGAGGUCCUUCAUGGUGUUUGGCUUGGUCUUUGCCACCCUCAGCUUCCUCUGCUGUGCUGUGGCACCUCCCACGGAGGACAGUGUGGAGGUGGGUGAGGCCCGCCAGAAGACCCACACUGUUGUCAACACCCCCGGCACUGACAACGGCCAGAACAUGCUGACUGCCCGAGAGAUUAACAGGAGGGUGAGGGAGGGGAAAGCCAGGAGGAAGCUGCAAGGCAAACGCUGGUACUACCGCCUUUUCAGAAGAUCCAAGGCUGCCCCAUCCGCUGACGCACACAGGACUUUCCAGGACUUGAUAAUUUGAAAUAAUAAAUCCUGUAACAGAGUUAUGCAACAUCACCUCAAUUAUAUUACCUCAAAAUAAAUAUUUUCUGUUUUGAUUUCAAAUGAUGAUCUGUUCUCUGUGGUGAUCUGUUUUAUUCAUUUCAUAAACAUGGUAUGACGAUUGUCUGUAA